GGUGAAAACCCCACGCCCCGCUAAGUAAAACUGGCCACUAUGGGCCGAUACAAUACUGGCAAUGGAGGAGUGAACUUCAACUGCCGAAAGUGGAGGCAGCAUUAGCGUUUGAGCUGUGCGGAGUCCAAUUAUCAACACCGCCUUUGUACGUGAUCGCACAUCAAGAAGCUGUAGGUGUGAUCGAGGCGCAAUUCGUGCACAAAGCGCUGGAGUGUGGAGUGCACGGAGGCUGACGAUCGUCCUAGAAGUGAACAAGUUUUAGGUUGUUUUGGGGGGCCGAUUCUUGCCAAUAUGUCCGGGAAUCCCACAUUUGUGAGUCCCUUCCACAGACCCCACUGUUUGGCUGCCGCCGCCCCAGCCCCAGCAGGAAAAGCCAAACUCACCCACCCUGGAAAAGCCAUUCUAGCAGGUGGUAUUGCUGGAGGAAUAGAGAUCUGUAUUACAUUCCCUACAGAGUAUGUGAAGACUCAGCUGCAGUUGGAUGAGAAGGCCAACCCUCCCAGAUAUAAAGGCAUUGUUGACUGUGUGAAGCAGACGGUAGAUGGUCAUGGGGUGAGGGGUCUGUACAGAGGGCUCAGCUCAUUGCUCUAUGGCUCCAUACCCAAAGCAGCUGUCAGGUUUGGUGUGUUUGAGUUCCUCAGUAAUAAGAUGCGUGAUGAGAGUGGGAAGCUGGACAGUACCCGGGGUCUCCUCUGUGGUCUGGGGGCCGGAGUGGCUGAGGCUGUGGUGGUGGUCUGCCCCAUGGAGACGGUCAAGGUAAAGUUCAUCCAUGACCAAUCGUCAGCCAACCCAAAGUACCGGGGAUUCUUCCAUGGAGUCAGGGAGAUCGUCAGAACAGAAGGCCUGAGGGGGACGUACCAGGGUCUGACAGCCACAGUACUGAAACAGGGAUCCAACCAGGCCAUCCGCUUCUACGUAAUGACAUCUCUAAGGAACUGGUACAAAGGUGAUGACCCUAACAAGGCCAUUAACCCUCUGGUCACGGGAGCAUUCGGAGCCUUCGCUGGAGCUGUCAGUGUGUUUGGAAACACUCCACUGGAUGUCAUCAAAACCAGGAUGCAGGGUCUGGAGGCUCACAAGUACAAAAGCACCCUGGACUGUGCCGUCAAGAUCAUGAAGCAUGAGGGACCUAAAGCGUUCUAUAAGGGUACAGUCCCCAGGCUGGGCAGGGUGUGUAUGGACGUAGCCAUCGUCUUCAUAAUCUACGAGGAGGUGGUGAAGGUCCUCAACAAAGUCUGGAAGACGGACUAAGGUCACGUUUCCGUGAUGACCAGCAGAGCUAAGAACACCCGGGAGGGGCGGGGCUAUGGCCUUAUUCCAAACCCAAUCCUUCUGCCCUUUCCUUAGGUUAUCCAUGACUUGCUACCUCCUUACAGAUCUGACAUGACUGGUUAGAUUUCAUUCCAAAAGGUUGUUCUGGGACCCCUGCCAUGGUUUAAUUUGUUAGUUGGAAUGAAAUGCAGCCAUGAUGGGUGUAAACAAUCUGGGGAUGAGUGCACUUCGCCUAUGAUCCUAUUGGGGAUACUACUAUCAUAUUGUUUAUACUUACUGCCUUUGUUCUUAUUUAUAUCCACAGGGGGGAGUGAGCAAGGGCACAGGGGUAGGGUGAGGGAUUUGGCCUAUAUGACUGGAAUAAUGGGAACACUGUGUCAUUCCAGAGAAGUGUCUUAGACCGACGGUGCUUCAGUUCACUCAUGGCUAUUAUUAACAUCUCAUGUUGUAAGUUAACAUUAAUCAAAUAUGAAAGAAUACUUAUAGCUAAAACCCAAUGUAAUGUGGCCCCGUGUAGCUCAGUUGGUAGAGCAUGGCGCUUGCAACGCCAGGGUUGUGGGUUCGAUUCCCACGGGGG